GAGAGGGCGGACAAGAUGGCAGAGAAGGCGCAGAAGAGUGUAAAGAUUGCUGCUGGAGCUGCUGUCUGUGUCGAGAGUGAAAUCAAGGGUGAUGUGACAAUUGGGCCUAGGACCGUGAUUCACCCCAAAGCACGGAUCAUUGCAGAAACUGGAUCAAUAGUAAUUGGGGAAGGUAACCUCAUAGAAGAACAGGCAAUGAUCAUAAAUGACUAUCCUGAAAACAUUACUCUUGAUACAGAGGAGGUUGGAGCCAAACCAAUGAUCAUUGGCACCAACAAUGUCUUUGAAGUUGGCUGCUAUUCCCAAGCAAUGAAAAUAGGUGAGAACAAUGUAACUGAGUCCAAAGCAUUUGUGCGUAGGAACGUGAUUUUGAUGAGCGGCUGCAUCAUUGGAGUCUGCUGCAAUGUCAACACCUACAAAGUCAUCCCUGAAAACAUGGUCAUCUAUGGAGCUGACUGUCUUCGGCGCGUGCAGACUGAGCGGCCUCAGCCACAAACAUUGCAGCUGGACUUCCUAAUGGAAAUCCUGCCAAACUAUCACCAUCUUUAAAAAGCCAUGAAACCAACUCCUACUCCUGUGAAGAGCUGAAGACACCCUUCUCCCAGCAUGCUUACCAGAACUGCAGUGCUUUCAGGACUCUUGUGUCCGCAAGAACUAACUCACUUAACUUACAUGCUCAUUCAUUCCACUGUGCAACAUAAUGUUAUUUAUUAAAAUGAUGAAAAAUUAAAAAGAAAAAAGAAAAAUAGUGGCCAAAACCCAGAUAAUGCAAUCAGGUAACUUGCCAGACAGGAGAUAAACAACACACUCAGGAUUCUGUUGUAGUCCACCCCCUGUGAUGUAUGUAUGAUGUAUUGGGGUGGUGGUCCUAGGCUACAGCCCUUCUGUGAUGUAUGUAUGAUGUUUCUGGGAGUGGUCUGGAGUUUGAGGGUGGGCAAUUUAAAAAGUCUAUAUAAGGGCAGGCACACCUUUGUUCGGGGUCAUCCUCCUUUCCUGCGGGUGAGGGGAGCACCCAGUUGAAACAGAUUUAAUAAAGAUCAGGC